GUCAUGUAAAGCUGCCACCCGAGAAAUUCGUCCCGAAGAGGCAGGGUGAUGGACAGGACCUGCCCACAGGGGCCAAGAAGCUGCCGCUGGACUCAGCCGAGGAGCUCUACGCCGAGAUCCGAGACUGCAACUUCAACGCCGUGGGCGCCGUGCUCAGCAAGAAGGCCAAGGUCAUCUUGGCCGCCUUUGAGCUGACUGGGGCCUGGGGCCAGGCGGAGAUGCAGGAGGAGUUUGUGGGCGACUUCCAGGUCGGGGAACGAGUCUGGGUGAACGGGAACAAGCCUGGAUUCAUCCAGUUCCUCGGGGAGACCCAGUUUGCCCCUGGUCAGUGGGCCGGGAUCGUCUUGGAUGAGCCCAUCGGCAAGAACAAUGGCUCGGUGGCGGGUGUGCGCUACUUCCAGUGUGAGCCGCUGAAGGGCAUCUUCACCCGGCCGUCCAAGCUGAGUAGGAGCUUCCAGGCGGACGAUGAGACCAACUGCCGGCAGCCAGCGCCUGCCGCCUGGGCCACCCCGCCCCUGUCGGCCUCCCCGGCCCCUGCCGGCACCACGAAGGUGCCCCAGUCCCCCGCGAAGGAGUCACCGGCCACCCCUCACAUCAGCAGCCUGACCAGGACAGCCAGCGAGUCCAUCUCCAACCUCUCUGAGGCCGGCUCCCUCAAGAAAGGGGAGCGGGAGCUGAAGCUCGGGGACCAGGUGCUGGUGGGAGGCAUGGAGGCCGGUGUGGUGCGCUUCCUCGGGGAGACGGACUUCGCCAAGGGGGAUUGGUGCGGCGUAGAGCUGGACAAGCCACUGGGCAAGAACGAUGGUGCCGUGGCCGGAACGAGGUACUUCCAGUGUCAGCCCAAGUAUGGCUUGUUUGCUCCCAUUCACAAAGUCACCAAGAUCGGCUUCCCGUCCACGACGCCGGCCAAGGGCAAGGUGGCCGCCGUGAGGCGUGUGAUGGCCACCACCCCCGCCAGCCUGAAGCGCAGCCCUUCGGCCUCCUCGUUCAGCUCCGUCAGCUCCGGGGCCUCAUUCGAGAGCAGCAGAUCCGGCCGCACGGGACUAGUAACCAGAAACUUCCUCCACUAUGCCCACAAGAUCUCCAGCACCACCGCCCUCCAGGAGGCGCUGAAGGAGAAGCCGCAGCACAUUGAGAAGCUGCUGGCUGAGCGGGACCUGGAGCGGGCGGAGGUGGCCAUGGCCACAAGCCACGUGGGGGAGAUAGAGCAGGAGUUGGCCCUGCACAUUCUGGAGCUGGAGGCCAAGAACGACGAGCUGCGGGCCAUGUUGGAAGCAACCGACUGGGAGAAGUCCAAGCUGGAGACGGCCAUCGCCCCGCACCAACAGGCCAUGGGCAAGCCGAAGGCAUCCGUGAGCCAGGGCGUGGGCGCCGAGGCGGCCGAGCUGGCCGAGCUCAAGAUGCAGAUCGAGAGGCUACAGUUCGAGUACCAGCAGGAGGUGGAGAGCCUGAAGGAGGAGAAGGUGGACGUGGCCGAGCUGAAGUCGCAAGCCGAUAAGGCCAAGUUCGGAGCCAGUGUGGUCUCUUUGCCGCGGUGCGCCCACCCACUGCUGGCCGUCUGCGGUAUUGCAGUCUGGAGCGCGUGUGGCCCCUUUGCCGUGGUGGUCCCGCCCCCUGCUGGCCGUCUGCGGUAUCGCAGUAUGGAGCGUGCGUUCAAGGAGUGCUACCUGGACAGCGACCAGACGGGCCUGUACCACGCGACCAGGGGCCUGAUGAAGCUGCUGGCCUGUCAUGUAAAGCUGCCACCCGAGAAAUUCGUCCUGAAGAGGCAGGGUGAUAUGCAGGACCUGCCCACAGAGGCCAAGAAGCUGCCGCUGGACUCAGCCAAGGAGCUCUACGCCGAGAUCCGAGACCGCAACUUCAACGCCGUGGGCGCUGUGCUCAGCAAGAAGGCCAAGGUCAUCUUGGCCACCUUUGAGUCAGCAGUGCAGAAGCGUUGA